UUUAUAGGAUAUGUCUCCUUUAAAAACUGUAUGUAUCCUGUGUGUUGUUAUAAUUAGAAAGAAAAAGUCUAGGGGUACAAUAUGUUCUAUACUAUACUUUUAAAACAAAGAAAGCUGGGGCUGGCAUCUGGAAACUGAGAGAAUGUGGGUGAUACUGUAAUUGCUGUCCCUAAGGAUCUGUGGUGCAGCCCGGCUUUAGUUGUCCUGUAAGUAGGUGAAUCUGAGAUUGAUCCCUCAUCCACACUGUCCUGUUUGUAUCUCUGCCAGACGGUGAAUAUGAAGAUAAGAGAGAGAUUCCAGCUGAUCUGGGAGGAACAUUAUGUUAUAAUAAUGAGCCAAGCAAGAUUGGGGCUGAAGGGGCAGAUUUUUGUGCCGACGGAAAUCCCACAAACCCUGAAAUUUCUCAGAUGGGACAGCCCCCACCGGCCAAUGGGAUUAAAGAGGAAGGGGAAAACCAAUCAGAUUGCAGCAUUAAUCCACUUACAGGACAGAUACAAGGAACAGACACACCCUGCAGCCUGAAUAACAGCUUGGCAGAUAAUUAUGUAUCAAACUACAAUGAAGAGAAGUGUUUAUUGUUUGAAAGAGGAGAUCACACAUAUUGCAGCAGGAAUCCACUCACCCAGCAGACAGAGGAAGCCAAUAACCAUAUCAUGGCAGUCAUUGUCAGUAACGGUUCCAAAGGGGCGUCUCUGCCAAGUCCCCCUGCCGUAUAUAACUGCAAUGAAUGUGCUAAAGGUUUUCCUAGGAAGAGAAGUCUUGUCAGACACCAGAGGACUCACACAGGGGAGAAACCAUAUUUCUGCUCUGAAUGCGGCAAAUGCUUCACGCAGCGCUCGUACCUUCACAUCCAUCAGCGCAGCCACACGGGAAACGACCUCUUCUCCUGCCCCGAAUGUGGCAAAUGUUUUACUCUUCUAAAAACGCUUCAUGUCCAUCAAAGGAUUCACACCGGGGAGAAACCAUUCAGCUGCCCGGAAUGCGAUGCUUCUUUCUCCCGCCGCCCGCAGCUCAUUGCCCACCAGAGGAGACACUCAGGGGAGAAUCUAUUCAUUUGUUUCGAAUGUGGAAAAUGUUUUAGAAGUCGUUCGAUUCUUAACGAACAUCAGCGGAUUCACACAGGGGAGAAACCGUUCACCUGUUCGGAGUGCGGCCGAUCUUUCACGCAGCGCUCGUCCCUCAUUGUGCACCGGCAGAGCCACUCUGCGAGGAAGCCGUUCCCUUGUAGUGAGUGUGGGAAGUGUUUCACAAUGCGUGCCUACCUCGCCGCCCACCUGCAGAGCCACACGGGGGAGAAACCAUUUUCUUGCUCUGAAUGUGGGAAAUGUUUCACGCGUCGUUCAAACCUGAAUGUGCAUCACCGGACUCACACAGGGGAAAAACCCUUCUCUUGUUCCGAGUGCGGCAAACUCUUCACUCGUCGCUCAAACCUUAUUCUGCAUCACAAACUCCACAUGUAAAUGCCUUCACUUUGCAUCGGGAAGUGCGGGUUUUAUAUAGAGAAGCUAUUUAUUACCAUAUAAUAAAUCAUCAUUGAAUCUAUGGUGCAUCCUCCUUUAUAGUGUGGAGCAUGGGGGAAUCCUCAGUUAUAACAAUGGAAACAAAUAGUGCCUGAAAUAUUUGUCUGUUGCUAGUCAGGCAGCCAUGCUGCUCGUGGUUACCUUCCAUAUGCGCUGAGGUUUCUAAAAAAUAAAUUGAAUUUUUUUAGAUUUAGAGUUUUAGAUCUAAAA